CUCAAUCUAGACUGGGUGUAGCAUUAUAGCCACAUCGCCGCUCGCGACACCACAUACUCGAAGUAAAAUAAUAUUCGGUGUCAGUGUACAAAGUGAACAAAUAAAAAAAGAUUAUCUUUAUUACGAAAACUAUCUUUAUGUAAUCUAAUCUUUGCGUUUAUAUAAGGACAACGUCAAAUUUUCCCUUUUGUUUCCUUUCAUUUCGUAACUUCAGCUGUGAACAGAAGUGUUUCUGUAGACUUUCUAUAUAUUUAUAAAAAAAGUGAAAACGAUGAUAUCUUUCCAAAAAUAUAGGUAAAUAAUUUUGUGGAAUGGAUGAAAAAGUACUUUCAGUGAACAGCUGUAAAAAUGAAAAUAUCCUGGAAAAUGCAACUGCUAGUACAUCCACAGUGGCCACCAAUGCUCCAGUUCCAUUGGCCGAACAAGUUAUGUCUAUAUUGAAAAAUAAGGCAUUACCACCACCAUCAGCAACUUCAACAGACGAUAAAACUGAUAAUCGUGAUACAUUUUUUUACUCCGUUGCCGAUUUACGCCACGAAGAAGAGCGACUGAAAACUUUCGAAAAAUGGCCUCUCACUUUUCUUUCGCCAGAAUUACUGGCACGCAACGGUUUCUAUUACCUAGGUCGAAGCGACGAAGUUCGAUGUGCUUUUUGCAAAGUUGAAAUCAUGCGUUGGGAAGAAGGCGACGAUCCCGCUGAAGAUCAUAAACGUUGGGCGCCUCAAUGUCCGUUCUUGAGAAAUCACACGAGCGCCGGAAAUGUACCCGUGGAAACCCCCCCAGCGAACGGCCGCGAUGAGUGCGGCGUUCGAGCCCCCCCAACCACCUCGGUCUGCAUGCCCGGCCCCGUGCAUCCCCAAUAUGCCUCCGAAGCUGCCCGUCUGAGCACUUUCAACGACUGGCCUCGAUGUAUGCGCCAGAAACCAGAAGAUUUAGCUGAAGCGGGCUUCUUCUAUACUGGACAAGGCGACAAAACCAAAUGCUUCUAUUGUGACGGCGGUCUAAAAGAUUGGGAGAACGACGAUAUACCAUGGGAAGAACACGCGCGUUGGUUCGAUCGUUGUGCCUACGUCCAACUGGUAAAGGGUAAAGAGUAUAUCCAAAGAGUGAAGACAGAAGCUUGUUUAAUAAAUGCUAGUGAAACCGGAUCCUCAGUUACUCCUGACACUCCGAAAACCCCUAGUACAAAUACUGACGAAGAAACACACAUAGACGAUAAUAAAGUGUGUAAAAUAUGUUACGUUGAAGAACGCAACGUAGUAUUUAUCCCCUGCGGCCAUGUGGUGGCUUGUGCGAAGUGCGCUCUAUCAACUGACAAGUGCCCAAUGUGCCGAAGGACGUUUACAAGUGCCGUCAGGUUAUAUUACUCAUGAAAUGAUUAGUGAUUUCAAACUAGUCAACGGGAGAACUGUUGAAACCAGCUCUUCCGUGUAUUUGAUUUUGGUCUUGAUAGUUUUUACGUAAGAUCAUAAAAAUAUGCGAAGUCAUGAUAAAACUUUGUAAAAGCAUAAUCUAAACUUUGCACACGUAUCUGCGCCAAGUAUGGGAGCGAGGAAAUGCGAAAAGCGAGAAAAACGCGGUAAACUUAUUUUCCCUUUAGAUUUUACGUAACAAUUAUUAAUCCCCUGUUUUAUUAGCAUCUUGUCAAAAAUUGUCUUACGUAAUAACAACAAAUAAUAUAAACAGUAAUUAAUUGAUUUUUAAAUUAUUUAUCGUUUAAAAUUCUUUUAUUUUUGUAAAUAAUUAAUGUAUAAUAAUGUAUAUAAUAGAUACAAUAAAAUAUCUUGAUAUUAUGUAUUGAAUGGAACAUAGAGAUUUUUUUAAACUUUCCGUUAGCUCAAUUAAUAACUGUUUUUAAGAUCGAAUUAAUUAAAAAAGUAGUUCUACAUAAGCACAUUUGUUUCCGAAUAUAUAAUUUUAAACCUUAAUGUUUUCAAGGUAGUGUUUUAAAUCAAAUGUAGAAUUUGAUAUAUUGUGCUAACCUGACGUGCAGCUGUGUACCAUACACUUUACGCAAAUAAAAAUAUCCUUUGACAUAUGAAAAAAAAUAAUUUUGAUAAUAUUUCCGAAUAAUCUACAUACUGAACUGAACCUAAUACUUUAUGUAUGUACAAGUAGUUCCUAUUUUUUAUAAGAUCAAGCUUUCAAUUCAUUUAAUACAUAUUUUCAAGACACCUGUAUAAUUGAAAAUAAUUAUAAUUAAUUAUGUUUUGGUAUAACAAAUAAAAAUUAAUACAAAGAAUUAAAAAUUAAAAUUGCAUUUAGAUUUAGUGUUUAAAGUGUGUGAUAUUCAACUGUAGUGCCACCACGCUGUACAGGGAUAAUUCCUAUAUAAAUAAAAUGUACAUAAGUGUGGG